CUUCUACAAGAGAUAUAUUGAUGAAAUGAAACUGUCGUGUACACUUGUUGCCCUAAACCUCUGCAUUAUAAGAUGCAAAGAUGAUAUGAUGGUAAAGGAUAUACUGUUGGAUCUAAAAACCUGUUUCGGAGAGGGCAGAUCUUCUUGUAACAGUGGUGAGGUGUGUAGAAAAUCAACAUGUGUUAAAGUUAACCCAAUGGCCCAGGGAUGUUUAGAUGACUCCUAUUGUGAGGAAGGGUACGAGUGCUAUAAAAAUAAAUGUAUAAAAUAUGCUGAUGAGGAGGCUAUGGCGUGGUUGAAACAGAGGGGUCUCAUAUACGAAUCAAACAAUAUCAGCGGCAAUUUACAAAACAAGGUAGUUUUUUGUGAAAUCCUUGUAUUUGUGAUUUUAUCAUAUGCUUUAGAAAAUAUUGAAGAACUAUUUAAAAAAAAAUUAAAACAAAGAAUUAAAAUAAUCUAAAUAUCUAUUACAUGC